AUGGCGCUGCUGCGGGCGGCCGCGCUGCCCGCCGAGGGCUGCCCGGCCUGGCUGCCCACGCACGUCCAGGUGACGGUGGUGCGGGCCCGCGGGCUGCGCUGCAAGGGCGGCGGCGGCAAAGGCAAAGCGGGCGGCAGCGACGCGUACACCGUGAUCCAGCUGGGCCGCGAGAAGUACAGCACCUCGGUGGCCGAGAAGAGCGGCGGCAGCCCCGAGUGGAGGGAGGAAUGUGCCUUCGAGCUGCCCCCCGAGCCCGGGGCCUGCCCGGGGCUGGUGCUCACCGUGAUGCACCGGGCUCUCGUGGGCAUGGACCGGUUCCUGGGCCAGGCCCUGGUGCCGCUGGAGCCCGGCCGGCAGCGGGGCCGCGAGCCCGACGAGCGGUGGCACAAGCUGCACUCCAAGGCUGGGAAGAAGGAGAAGGAGCGUGGUGAGAUCCUGGUGAGCAUCCAGUUCACCCGGAACAGCCUCACCGCCAGCAUGUUCGACCUGUCCGUGAAGGACAAGCCGCGCUCGCCCUUCGGCAAGCUGAAGGACAAGGUGACGGGCAAGAAGAAAUACGAGCUGGAGUCGGCCUCUGCCAUCAUCCCCAGCAGCAUGGGAGCCCUGGACAUGGAGGAUGACUUCGAGCUCGGGGGCAAGAAAUCCAAAGUCAAGGGUUUCUUCCUGAAGAGCAAACUGCGCAAGUCAUCCCUGACCCAGUCCAGCACCUCCCUGGGAUCCGACAGCACCAUCUCCUCUGCCAGCCUGAGCCUGGUGGCCAACGCCCCCGAGGUGGCCAGGUCCCCGAGCAGACACGGCAGUGUGUCCACCGAGCGCUCCGUGAAGGAGCUGCUGUCCUCCCCGAAGCCGAGCCACAAGCGAGCGUUCAGCGACGACGUGUCCCAGCUGGGCCCGGAGGCCGGAGCCGCGCAGGGCGCGAGGCCCGCGGGCGACGCCGCGUCGCGCUCGUCGCUCUGCAUCAACGGCAGCCACGUGUACGGCGAGGAACCCCCGAGGAACCCCCCCGGCCCUGCCCCACCGCCCCCGCCCCGCCGCCAGGAACAGCCUUUCGCCUUCUCCCCGCUGCACCCCGAGCCCCGCGAGGCGGCCUGGGGCGGCCUGGAGAGGGCCCAGCAGAGGGACGAGCCCAGGUUCAUCCCGUCCCCUCCCAGCCUGGCCCUGCAGGAAGAGCUCAAGGUGUCCACCAAGGCCGUGACCCUCAGCAACCACCUGGGCAGGGCCAGGAUGGAGGAGAGCGCCCGCCUGGAGAGCAAACCCACGCAGGCCGCGGCUCCUCUGGGCUUCUCCUCGGAGCUGGCCAAGGACAAAGCGCCCGAGGACGCCAGGAAGGAGGACAAGAAGGCCAAGGGAGGCUUCUUCCACCACGGGGGCGGCCGGAGCGACGCGGGGGGCAAAGGCCAGGGGGACAGAGGGACCCCCGUCCACGCCUCGGCUGCGGGGGAUGACGGCAGUAAGAACAGCGGCUGGUUUGGGUCCAAGGAGCCCAAAGAGUCACCCCAGAAAGCCAGCCCCCACCCCGUGAAGCCCCUGAGCGCUGCCCAGGACGGCUCCAGCGACAGGAGGCAGCAGCACAGGGCCAGCCUGAGCUCGGCGCUGAGCAAUGGCCUGGAGAGGCUGAAGAUGGUGACCACGAGCAGCGUCCAGCCCGUGGCCCCGGCCCCGCAGCCCGACAAAAGCGAGCCCGAGUUAAAGCAGGAGCCUGCCCAGCUGGACCAGUCAGCCAAGUAUUACCACCUGACCCACGACGAGCUGAUCCAGCUGCUGCUGCAGAAGGAGGGCGAGCUGAGCAAGAAGGAGGAGCACAUCCACGAACUGGAGAACUACAUCGACCAGCUGCUGGUGCGCAUCAUGGAGCAGUCCCCCACCCUGCUGCAGAUCCCUCUGGGCGGGGGCCAGGCCCCGUGAGGCUGCCAGGGCAGCAGUAGCCAGCAGAGCUCUGCCAGUAGCCACGCUGCCAGCACCCCGCACCCCCUCCUCCUGCCCGAGGCCGGCAGGGGCUCCUGUUCCCAGAGUCAGCAGGAAGGGUCACCUGCUCCUUCCCAGGCCAAGCUCCCUCAGCCCGGCUCCAGGGAGCUGUGGGGUGGUGGAUGGGCUGGCAGCACCCUGUGGGGAGGAGCAGAGCCCUGGAGCCUCCCUGGUUCCCAUCACUGCCCAAGUGCCACCCCCCUGCCACAGCUUUAAGUGACCCAUGGACACCUGAGGGCUGGAAACAUCUCCCUGUGAGUGCAUCCUGCUGCUGCUCCCCUGCCCACACUCCUCCUCUCUCCCCUGGGCUGGUGUCCCCUGACCCGCUGGGUGGCACUGGGGACACUGGGACCAGUGAGGCUCCCCCAGCCCGCUCCUGACCAGAGCUGUGGGACACCCAGGGAAGGGAGAAGAGCCGGCUCCAGUCUGUGCCACUCCCUGAGCCCAGGGAGAGCUGCACAGGGGCAGCACCGAGGGCUGGGGGUGCUGGCAGAGCCUGCUGGGCCACGUUGGCACUGUCCCAGCACCAGUGACCCCACUGCACUGGGAAUAUGGGAAAGGGAAAGUGGGAUGGUGCCCCAGGAGUGCUGCAGGAGAUCCUCUGCAUCCCCCACCCAGCACGGGGCUGGUGUGCCCUGGAGGGAUGAAGAAUGCAGAAUCCAAGCUGGAUUUCCACUCAGUAUUCCCAGGAAUGGCUGCCCU